AGGUUUCACGAGCAAAAUACCAAGACAGGAAGCGAGUUGACGGCAGGGAUGCAGUCGUUCCAGCCAGAUUAACUUUCUUCCUUGCAUCAAAAUGGAAGAAAUGCCAAGGGAUGCCUGGUGUUGGAGCUUCCAAGUUGCUCAAGAGCCCUUCAAAGUCCGAGGCCGUAUUUUGUGAAUUAGACAUGAGUGGCAGCAUUGUGGCAAAAGACUACUGGAAAUCAUUUUCCCCCUCCAUUUCUCUCAUUUGAACACCACCUUUUGUGGGCUAAUUUCCUUCCCUGCAUCUCACCACAUCAACUCUGUUGUUAACCUCAGGCAGAGUUGAGUCACUUGUGUCCUCUGGCCUCGUGCCCUUCCAUCGGUGUUGGUGUACGAUGGCGCGGUGGGACGCUGAGGGCUGCAGCGGGAGACUGUGAUGUCAGUGCCAAACAGCCCGGGUGAGAGCCGGCGUGGCGCUCCCAGAUUCUUCGUGGGUUGCGAAGACGAUGAGAGCGAGGUCCUGGAUAGUACAACGACAGACAUGGAGCUGUAUGACGACGACGAAGACACAGACUCGCCACCAGAGCAACAGAUUGUGGUGGGGAUCUGCUGCAUGAUGAAGAAGUCAAAGUCCAAACCAAUGACCCAGAUCCUGGAGAGGCUAUGCAGGUUUGAGUACAUCACUGUAGUCAUCUUUCCAGAGGACGUCAUCCUCAAUGAGCCUGUGGAAAAUUGGCCGCUGUGUGACUGUCUCAUCUCGUUCCACUCCAAAGGAUUUCCACUGGAUAAAGCAGUGAGCUAUGCCAAACUAAGAAACCCUCUGCUUAUCAAUGACCUGAACAUGCAGUACUACAUACAGGACAGGAGAGAAGUAUAUCGUAUCCUGCAGGAAGAAGGAAUAGAUCUUCCACGCUAUGCUGUCCUAAAUCGCGACCCGGAUAAUCCAGAUGAGUGUAACUUGGUGGAAGGAGAAGACCACGUGGAGGUGAAUGGAGAAAUAUUUCAGAAACCUUUCGUUGAGAAGCCGGUCUGUGCUGAGGACCACAACGUCUACAUCUACUACCCUACUUCUGCCGGUGGUGGCAGCCAGCGUCUCUUCAGAAAGAUUGGGAGCAGAAGCAGUGUGUACUCACCAGAGAGCAGUGUGAGGAAGACUGGUUCUUACAUCUAUGAAGAGUUCAUGCCAACAGAUGGCACUGAUGUCAAGGUGUAUACUGUGGGGCCUGACUAUGCUCAUGCUGAAGCCAGAAAAUCUCCUGCAUUGGACGGGAAGGUAGAGCGGGACAGCGAGGGCAAGGAGGUUCGUUACCCUGUCAUGCUGUCAGCUAUGGAGAAACUGGUGGCCCGAAAAGUCUGUUUAGCAUUCAAGCAAACUGUUUGUGGCUUUGACCUCCUCCGAGCAAAUGGACACUCCUUUGUGUGCGACGUCAACGGUUUCAGUUUUGUGAAGAACUCUAUGAAAUACUACGAUGACUGUGCGAAGAUCUUGGGGAAUCUUGUAAUGCGGGAGCUAGCUCCCCAGUUUCAGAUUCCGUGGUCCAUCCCCACUGAGGCAGAGGACAUCCCAAUUGUUCCGACGACGUCAGGGACCAUGAUGGAAUUACGCUGUGUUAUAGCCGUCAUCCGCCAUGGAGACAGAACACCAAAGCAGAAGAUGAAGAUGGAAGUUCGCAACCCCCUGUUCUUUGACCUUUUUGAAAAAUAUGGAGGAUACAAAACUGGGAAAUUAAAACUAAAGAAGCCAAAACAGCUGCAGGAGGUGCUGGACAUUACACGGCAGUUAUUAGCGGAACUGGGUCAGCACAACGACUGUGAGAUAGAAGAAAAGAAGUCCAAACUGGAGCAGCUAAAAACUGUUCUAGAAAUGUAUGGGCACUUCUCUGGGAUCAACAGAAAAGUGCAGCUAACCUAUUUGCCUUAUGGGCAGCCCAAAACUUCUAGCGAAGAAGAAGACACACGUAAGGAAGGUCCAUCUCUGCUGCUUGUACUAAAAUGGGGAGGAGAGCUGACGCCUGCUGGCAGAGUGCAGGCUGAGGAGCUUGGGAAGGCCUUCCGUUGUAUGUACCCUGGAGGACAAGGAGACUAUGCUGGUUUUCCUGGCUGUGGAUUACUGCGGUUGCAUAGUACUUAUAGACAUGACCUGAAGAUUUAUGCAUCUGAUGAGGGCAGGGUGCAGAUGACUGCUGCAGCUUUUGCAAAGGGUUUGUUAGCCUUGGAGGGGGAGCUGACUCCCAUCCUGGUACAGAUGGUAAAGAGCGCUAACAUGAAUGGGUUGCUGGAUAGCGACAGUGACUCACUAAGUGGCUGCCAGCAUCGUGUUAAAGCCAGACUUCAUGAGAUUCUGCAGAAAGACAGGGAUUUUCUUGAUGAAGACUACGACAGGCUGGCCCCAUCAUGUAGUGUGUCUUUAGUGAACUCGAUGAAAAUAGUCCAGAACCCUGUGGAAACAUGUGACCAGGUUUACGCCCUCAUUCAAAGUCUGACUGCACAGAUCCGUAAAAGAAUGGAGGAUCCCAAGUCAGCUGACCUGCAAUUGUACCACAGUGAGACAUUAGAGCUGAUGCUACAGCGGUGGUCCAAACUUGAGAGAGACUUCCGCAUGAAGAACGGCCGCUAUGACAUCAGUAAAAUACCCGACAUUUAUGACUGUGUCAAAUACGACGUUAUUCAUAAUGCCACUCUGGGCUUGGAGGACACACUGGAGUUGUUUAGACUUUCUCGUGCCUUGGCUGAUAUUGUCAUUCCACAGGAAUAUGGCAUAAACAAAGCUGAGAAGCUGGACAUUGCAUAUGCUUACUGCCUCCCACUGGUCAGAAAGAUCCAGCUUGACCUACAGAGGACCCAUGAGGAUGAGUCUGUCAACAAACUGCACCCUCUAUAUUCUCGUGGAGUGAUGUCGCCUGGACGCCAUGUCAGGACACGUCUCUAUUUCACCAGCGAAAGUCACGUACACUCUCUGCUGAGUCUUUUUCGCUAUGGUGGUUUGCUUGAUGUAAGUGUUCCCACCUUAGCUGAGUUAUUCAAUCUGUCUGGGAUCAGGCUGAAAUUGAGUUUAUAUGUGCUUUAUGUGCUACAGGAAGAGAAGGAUCAGCAGUGGAAUCGUGCCAUGGAUUACCUGAGCGCUGUCUCUGAACUCAACUACAUGACUCAGAUUGUCAUCAUGCUAUAUGAGGACAACAAUAAGGAUCUCACCUCAGAGGAACGGUUCCAUGUGGAGCUUCACUUCAGCCCGGGAGUCAAAGGUGUUGAGGAAGAGGAAAAUGCACCAACAGGCUUCGGAUUUAGGCCUGCCUCUGCAGAGGUAGUGCGACAGAAUGGGCAAAAGCAGACGGACCCUGGAAGCCUGGAAGACCUCUCACGCGAUGAGACUGAUAGAGCUGUACCGUUGUCUGAGCCCAUCACCAUCCAGAGAAGAUCACCACUUAUACGCAACCAUAAAACUGGAUCAAUGGAGGUUCUGUCAGAGACUUCAUCCUCCAAAGUAGGCAGUUAUCGCCUCUUCUCCUUCUGUUCUCGCCAGUCGCCUGACAUGAAACAAAGUGGGCUAGGCUCUCAAUGUGCCGGGCUGUUCAGCACCACUGUCCUAGGUGGGUCCUCUAGCGCACCUAACCUGCAGGACUACGCACGCGCGCACCGCAAAAAAUUCUCCACCAGCAGUCUGUCCUACAAAGACGAAUUGUUGUCUAUGCCGGCAGUAAAGCGAUUUUCUGUGUCGUUUGCAAAGCAUCCGACUAAUGAGCCACUGGAGGAGCACCAAGUGGCCGAGUUGUUGAGGCGUUUCUCUACAGAACCCAGUGUGUACUACCACCUUUCUUUGGACGGUGCGCUUACCCACCAUCUCCACCAGUGCUCCUACCACCUCCGCCUCUUCCGAAACUGGCUUAUCUCCGGCCAAGACCCCCUAGAGUACCUCCAUGGUUAGCCCCUGGCCCUGCCCGCUAUGACCAAUCUCACACCCUGCCCAACCCCACCCAGCACACAGUUUACUUGUUUUGCCACACUUUCUGCAUGCUUGCCUGUUUCUGGGAUUAUGCAGAUUGCAAGCUGUCUUUGUGUUAUUUUAAAAACUACCAUUACUGGUCAAAAAUGACAAACUAAUCUGCCUCUAAUCAAUUAAAUAAUGAAUAAUGUAGUCCAUAGAUACUGUAUAAAAUACCUAGGUUUUAUACAUUUAGUGUUUCGUCGAUUGCUAUAGACUAGUAAAAAGCUGGAUACUGUGCUGGUUAAUGCACAUUUUACUUCACUGACUUGAAGGGGAUCUAUGAUGAUUCUCCUCUUUUCCAACUUAUAAAUGUUACAAUGUUGGAUAUUCGGGUUAAACAUUGCCAAAACGUCAAAUCAUAAAGUUCAAGCAUUUGGAUGUGAGCUCGCAUGCAGUCUUUUUUUUUUAAACGGCAAGCUAUUUGUGACGUCCCAGAUUGACCGACAUACUUUAGUGCAUUCUGUCGGCCAGCCUCCUCCCCCUUCUGCCUCAGGCUGAGAGACUGCUGACCCCUACCCGGAGCCCCCAGUGACAUUCUUUCUCGUCCCAUGACCUCCCUAAAUAAAUUUUAAUGACAAUAAUAAUUUCCUUGGCAGAAGAAACAUUAUUGUUCUGACUGAUUAAGUGUUAAAUAUGUUUUUCUUCUUCUGUUUUUAUUUGUAAAGGUUUCAGAGUGUUUCUUAAUGAUAUAGGGCAAAACAGGGGUUGUGCUUUAGAUCUGGUUUAUGUGAUGUCAUGUGGUUCACGCUUCCUGUUGUAGACCCGUACGUGCAUGGAUCUUAACAUCUACCACUGUGUUAAGAGAGCUCACUGCCUGUAGGUUUAAUAUGCAUAAAGGAAUUACCCCGGUUUAUCAUUUAUAUCUGUAAUCAUUACAUUCCUACUCCCAAAACACAUAUUACUUUUUUUGUUCAUAUUCCCAUUAAGCGUUUCCUCGCUAAUUUCAGCCCAACAUUAAGAUGAAUAUAACUUGCUACUGAUAUUAUUAGUAGGUUCAUUGACAAUGCACAAUUACAUUCAUAACAUAAAUACCUCUCAUAAUACCUUAAUUUAUGUCACCACAUGACCAUGACUGAAGAAAUAUACUGAAAAACACUUGCAUCUUACUGGGAAUUGAACCACCUCAAUAGUGUACAAAAUGGGUUAUUUUGUGGUGCAUCUAAAAGUCAAUAAAUCAGCAAUUUAAAUAAAUAAAAUGUUUGAACUCACAAUUUGCAGAACCCACGGAAAGCCGUAAGCAAGGUUUGCCGCUCAUAGUUGGUAUAUUUUGUUUGGAAGAUGCGGACAAACCCUUUCAUCGGCUGGAACAGGUGAACUCGCCCAGGGGUCAGCCGACAUCAUCUCACUAAAUCUAGAUUCUCUUGUAAUGUCCUUCUUCAAAAUGGCCUUGCAAGUAUAUAUCUGCAACCUA